UCCGCUCACGUUGAGUGAGUUGCAAGUUACUGUGUGAAGGCCACGUAGAUUUAGAAUUACUUUCAAGCUUCUCUCAUUUGCGUUCACGCUGAAGAGAAACACCAUCUGAUUGAGCACUCGCGAGCAAGUAUCUAGACAAAAAUGGCAUCUAGUGACAUUGGAGACUGGUAUCGUAGCAUACCACAGAUGACAAGAUACUGGUUCACAGGUUCGGUUGUUGUGCCAUUGGUUGGAAAGCUCGGUAUAUUGAGUCCUCUUUGGUUCAUUCUACAAUUCGAACCCUUCAUUUACAGAUUCCAGAUAUGGAGACCACUGACAGCUGUACUAUACUACCCAAUAUCAGGUCCACGAGGAUUUCACUUUUUAAUGAAUCUCUACUUCUUGUAUUCAUAUUCUACCAGGCUGGAAACAGGGGUGUUUGAUGGAAAACCAGCUGAUUACCUGUUCAUGCUCAUAUUCAACUGGGUUUGCCUAACUAUCAUUGGACUGAUGUCAGGUCUCAUGCUUCUUAUGGAUCCGAUGGUGCUAAGUGUCCUGUAUGUCUGGUGCCAGCUCAAUAAGGAUACCAUUGUCACGUUUUGGUUUGGCACUCGCUUCAAGGCGAUGUACCUGCCCUGGGUGCUCCUGGCCUUCAACAUGAUCAUUGCUGACGGAGGUAUGUUGGAGCUGAUAGGCAUCAUUGUGGGGCAUCUCUACUUCUUCCUUAUGUUCAAGUACCCGCAGGACUUCGGUGGAGCCAGGCUCUUGAAUGUGCCACAGUUUCUAUACAGUUACUUCCCCAACAGGAGAGGGGGUGUUGCAGGUUUUGGAAUGGCUCCCUCAAGCAGACGGCGUCAGGAUGAUGGCCGUGAUGAUCGCAGGGGUCAUAAUUGGGGACGAGGUCAAAACUUGGGUGGAAACUGAAGGAAAAUGAAUCACUUAUUAAAACUUGAUUUCCUAACCCAUGCUGUGGAAGACUAGAUAUUGCCACAAAUGAAUUGAUACAAACAGUCUUUAUGGUUCCAAAACACUAGUAAGGGUACAUAUAGUAGUGACUGUUGUUCUCUUGUUUUGAGAAUGGACAAAGUCACCUUAUUGCUUUGAUCCAGUAGUUCUGGAUUGAUAUUAUAGGAAAUUGUAAUAUGUAACAGAUAUUGUUUAUUUCUUUGGAACAGAAUGAAUUCUUUAUUUUGUCAUCUGUUUUACAAGAUCAAGCCUAUUUUGCUAUUAGUCAUGGAGUCCUAUUGUAUUAAUGGAUUGUGGGUUGAAAUCCUGGUUCUCUCCAAUGAUGUUUCCAUAUCAACAGCGUGCUUGUGGGUUUCACAUGAAACUUGGACUUGUGUGACAUGCAUUGUUUCAGGCAACGUGCUUGUGGUUUCACCUGAAACCUGUACGUUUGUGACGUUUGUGACAUGCAUCGCUUCAGGCAAUGUGCUUGUGGUUUCACCUGAAACCUACACGUGUGUGGUAUGCAUCGCUUCAGGCAACGUGCUUGUGGUUUCACCUGAAACCUGCUUGUCUGUGACAUGCAUUGCUUCAGGAUUUUCUCCCACAUUAAGCUGAGACACUGUGAUAAAGCAGGGAUACUGUCCAAAGUGGUGUUAAAACAACCCACUCUUUCACUCACUGUUAUGUUUUUGGACCUAAAAAUAUCUCAGAUGAUUAACUUCAGAAGACAGCUCAUUUGUGAUACUGCCAAGUCUAUUUCCACAUUUAACACACACACACACACAC